AUGGCCUCGUCGUCGUCGUCCUCAUCAACCGGCCACCCUCAGCCGCCCAUGUGGGCCAGGCACUUGAUCCAGCUCGACAACCCUCACCCUUCCCCUCUCUCCGGCACCGACGACCUCCUGUCGCGCUUCCACCUCGCGCCCGUCUACGACACCUUUCUCCGGCCCUACCUCCCCCAGUCCCACAUCCCGCAACCAGCCCUCCCGCCCUCGCUCGACCCGCACCUCGCCCUCGCCUCGGCCACCGCCGGCCCACCCGCGCCCGCACCCGCACCCGCACUCGCCGGCGCCGGCGCUCCAGCAGCUACCGCAGCAGGAGCCGCAGCAGCACCAGCCUCGCCCUCGCCCGCCCCACAAGGCGGCGGCCUCAAGAUCACGCUCGGCGGCAUCAAGUUUGGCGCCAUGGGCGGCUCCGGCACGAGCGCCGGCGGCGACAGCGCCGAUGGGCCCCUCGGCGCAGCAGACGGCACCAAGAAGCGCAAGCGUGCGAGGAUGGACAAGACGUACGAGCACAUGGUCGGCGACGUCCUCGGCCGCAUCUCGCACCCUCGCACCUCGUCCUCGCAGCCGCCCAACCCCUCGACCUCACUCCUCCACCUUGUGUCCAACCCGGACCCGACCCCGUGCCCGCCGCUGCACCCACUCGACCCCCACCAGGUCCGCGACGCCCUCACGCUCCGUGCAGGUGCCCUCGCCGGGUUCGACAUGGGCGUGUGGGAGGCGAGGAGCGGCGUCGGCGGGCAGGGAGGCGCAGGGGGCGAGAGGAGGAAGAAGAAGAAGCGCAAGCACGACGACGCGCACGGCGGCGCCGACGCCAAGAAGCAGCGACGAUGACCCGGCUUCGACUCGGUCGCACCUCUUCUCGACCUUGGCGUCCAGCGGCGCAGCCUCGCUGCAUGAGGGAGACGUCCUGCGGCACGAUGGGAGGGGACCGAGGGGCAUGGGCUUCAGGAGAAAUGUGCGUCGGGCCGCUUUCCUCGGCUCGCUCGCUCCUCGCCUAGCGGCGUGGGCGCGAGCGUACCGGUGGUUGCGUCGGCACUGACGCGUCCGUCUUCCCUCCACUCAGACUCGCUCGAGGGAUGCGGCGCGCACGACGUUGCUCGAGCGGCGCACGCACGGUUGGCGGGUCGAGCCGGGCUCAUGAUCUCGCUCGAGGACGUUCAGGAGGGAUCUCACGGUUCGAGGGGCAAGGAGAGGACCGAGGAAACGAGCUCUUUGUUGUAUGUACUGCUCUGCACUGCAAUCGCAUUCGUCGUCAUGACU